GAUUAGAGUGGGGGCAAGGAGUGAAUUUUUUCCUCAUUCAGUACGGGAAAAUACAAACUUUAAGCUGGAUUUGUUGAUAAAAAAUGAAACAUGUGUUAAAUAACACUAUUUAUACAUAUAAAUUUGUUAUACAUGUAAGAUUUCCUCAUUUUUCUAGACCUAUAAAAAAGUGGGCCUAAAGCGACGUUUUGUUGACCGGCCUGGUAAAUGCGUACAAAAAAUCCAUUUACUCACACACAGACACAUGUAUAUAGCGACAGUGACAUUUCUCUCAAUCAAAAUAAAAAAUGUUCAAAGGUUCGAAAUGUAGCAUCUCAAAUAAUCGCUACCAUAGCAUGCAAUUUAGUGAAAUUUUCACAUGGUAAUUUAACUGCACUGACUGUGUUGUUGAUCGGAGAACUAUCACAAGAAAAUGCAGAAAUAAAAGUAACGAAAGAUCAACUGUCAUGGUUUGGAAGUUAUUUUUUUAUGAGUCCAGUUGGUGCCAUAUUAUUUGGUUUACUAAGUCACAAAAUUGGCAGUCGUGCAAUGUUAUUGAUCACGUCUGUUACCUACUGUAUGGCAGGCAUGAUGUUUCAUUUUGCAACAAACUCGACAAUGAUUUUAGUCCCUCAAGCAUUCGUAGGUUUGAUGAUACCAGCAACUAUAUCUAGCGGCACAACAUACAUUACAGAAAUUGCUCAACCACAUUUGAGAAGUCCACUUACUACUAGUGGCUAUCUGUGCAUGUCGUUUGGAACACUUUUCACAAUGUUGAUGAGCCAAUUUUUCAAGACAAAAACUAUUGCUAUUAUUAUAACAGUCUUUCCUGUGAUAGGCUUCGUAGGAAUUCUCUUUGUGCCCAAUAGUCCUUUUUGGCUUGCAAGGAAAGGAAGAUUCAAUGAAGCUGAAGUUUCUUUGGCAUGGCUACGAGGUUGGACAACAUUGUCCAAUGUGAGGUCUGAAUUUCUAACUUUAAAAGAAGCGAAUACACAUGAAGAGAACGAAGAUAUCCAAAACCAGAAGCGGCCAUUAAGGGUUAUAAUAAAACCUUACAUGGAAAAAUCGUUAUGGAUACCAAUGAGUAUCGUCUUCUGUGUUUUGGCAAUGUUUAAACUAACUGGCGGCGAAAGUAUGAGGACUUACAAUCUCCUUAUAUUUGAAAAGUAUGAGACUCCAUUCGAUAUCAAGGUAGCUAGUACAAUUUAUGAUGGCGUAAGCAUUUUUGGAGCAAUUAUCUGCAUGUUUAGCAUUAAUACAUUUGGAAAAAGAAAACUUCUCUUUACAUCUCUCAUCGGAGGUGGAUCUGCUUACCUAGUUAUCGCAUUAGUACUGCUUUUGAUUAAGCUCGAGAUAGGGAACUCGUCUGGAUACCUAUAUUGGGUUCCUCCUGUAAUGCUAAUAUUUUCAUCUUUUAUAUUUUCAUUAGGUAUUGACAAGGUUUCAUACAUGUUAAAUAGCGAACUAUUGCCAACCAGAUUUCGUGAGAUUGGCAUGGGAAUGGGUAGAUUUAUAUCUACUCUUCUAUUAGCGAUGUUGCGUAAAGUACUCUUGUACAUGAUGGAUGCUAUGACAUUACAAGGCGUUUUUCUGUUUUUCGGAACUAUAUGUUUUAUCGCACUUGUUACAUUUUAUUUUAUAGUGCCCGAGACUGAAGGGAAAUCUUUGAUUGAAAUAGAAAACCAUUUUGCCGGUAAUCAAUCAGAAACAGUCAAAACCCGAAAACUGUAACAACUAUCUUUGGAUGAAAUAUCUAUUCAGAAAGUUCAAAUUUUACAUAGUUAGAAAAAUAAACUUUUUUGAAUUUUUUUUUUGAGGAUUUACACAGGCUUGCUUCGAUAAACUGCCUACAAUUUGUUUGUAUUUUUUUUUAGUAGAGACACUAGUGACCUGCAUUUGUCAACUAUGUUAUCUAAUACGUAUUUUGGGAUAUCUGGCAAUGUACUGUCAAAAAGAUUUUUUUCGAUUGUUUUGAAACUCUAUAGAGAUCUUAUAGUGAUUUUUUGGUUGGUAAUUUCAAUAUGUUUAUACAUAUCGUUACAUAUACAUAUCGUCAAAUACAAAUCCUGGUGUUCAAUAUCCUUCAGGCAAUAAUUAUGUUUUUCGAUUUUACUACAUUGUUGAUAACACAUAUGUAGUCGAAUAGGUUUAGUCUGUAAACCUAAAAUAAACUGUUGAAACUUCCUUUGUUAGGCUCCUGAUUGUAGAUGCCAUUUUGUUGAUUGAGAAUUCACUUGUGGAACACAGCGUGAACAUCUCUAUAUCCUCGCUUAGCGAUCACAGAUCGAUGAUUGUACACAGAACAGUUAUUAUUUAGAAUUAUAGAAUUAAUAGAUACUACAUUAUUGAAAUUGUUAUUAUAGUGAAAUAUAAUAUUUUUAUACAUUUCUACUGUUUAAUAAAGUAUACAUAUUUUAUAAACCAAA